AUGGAAGAAGUUCGUCACCAGACUAGCCAAAUUCUGCACGAAGCCCGUACAUGGCGCGCCGCGCACGGCAUCGCCGUCAACCAAGACGGCGGGCUGACCUGGCCGCCUAGCCCGGCCGCCGACCACACUUACGCUGAUGCCGCCGACGCCGACGCCGCCGCCGACGUCUCGCUGGCCAACAUGCAGCGGCUGGUGCGCCACGUCGAAGCCGCGCAGUGGGCCGAGAUUGGCUUCCUCGUGUUUCGCACAUACUACGCCGACGAGCCGCUAUGGGAGCGCUUCCAGCAGCGCUUCGGCGAGGUCGUCGACGGGGGUCUCGUGGGCGCGCCGGCCGCCGCGGGGCUUCUCGCCCGCAUCAGCGGCCGCGUCAAGCUACCGCUCGUGUCGGAUUAUGCGCUCGUGGAUCUGGGUCCCGGCGGCAUUGCGCAUAUUUACAGAGACAGCGUGAGCAACUUGGACGGCGACGACGACAGCGAAGAGGAGGGGGAGGAAGGGGAUGAUGACGAGGAGGGCCAUUUGGCGAGCUUGGAUCCGGGGCUGCGCAUGCCCAUGUGCAUCAUGGUGGAUCAAGAGUGUCUGCGGUCAAUGGCGAGCGAAAAGGAGGAGGAUGGCGCGGUGCCGUAUGUAAAGGCUGUGGAUGUGAGAUUGGCGACGAAUAAGGAUUUGGGCUACUCGGGGUCGUUCAAGGUUGCUGUGGGAAGGCUCAUGUCGCACUUUUACGCGGCGUUGCAGUUUUACGAGCCCGUCGACAUUUCUGCGGCCGUGGACAAGAGUACGGGGAUAUGGACCGGCAUGGGAAGUGUACAGCCGUCCAAGAAUGCUGAAGAAGCGACUAUGGUAGAAAGGAUAGUUGAGAGGGCCAUGAUCAGGGGUGCAUAA